AUGUCCAAUUAUCCAUUUUGGCUUGGAGGCAUUGCUGCUUCCAUGGCAGCAUCCAUCACCCAUCCAUUGGACCUCACCAAGAUCCGCAUGCAAACCCUCGGCCCAGCAGCACAGCCGCCCUCCAUGAUUGCUGUAAUGCGGGCUUCCCUGGGUGAAAGUGGCUUGAGAAGCUUUUAUACCGGUCUUUCUGCAUCUCUUCUCCGACAAAUGUCGUAUACGCUCGUUCGGUUGGGUAGUUAUGAAGAGAUGAAACGAAGAAUGUCUCUAAGAGGUCCACUUCCGACCGGAAAGCUCCUUCUGGCGGCUGCAGCAGCAGGUGCACUUGGUGGUGUUGCAGGAAACCCGGCAGGCAUGUUGAGGCGUAGAGACUUUCACAUUCUCUUGGUACGGAUGACCAGUGACUCUUUAAAACGUCCGGAGAAGCGUUACGGGUACCGUAACGCUCUGACAGGCCUCGUCAGCCUUUUGAAGGAGGAAGGGAUUAAAGGUAUUUACAGAGGCCUUGGGACCAAUACGGCACGUGCAGUGUUGAUGAAUAUAUCUCAAGUGGGAUCGUAUGACUUCUUCAAGGCCACGCUCCUUAAACGUCGUUUACCUCUGGUAAAUUAUCAAUUCCAAGAUAACUUCUCGCUCCACUCCGUAGCAAGCUUCGCAGCAGCGACGUGCGGUACAACUGUUUGUUCACCUGCUGACGUUAUAAGAACGAGAAUUAUGGCCUCGUCGGCGCAGGCGAGCCCUAUACGCAUCGUCAUGCGUUCUUUACGGGAAGAAGGUCCGAUGUUCAUGUUCAAAGGCUGGUGUCCAGCCUUCAUGCGCUUGGGACCCAACACAGUUCUCAUGUUCGUUUUCUACGAGCGACUCAAACGCUGGUGGUCCUCUAUUGGCCACACUCGGUAG